CUCACCGACACCACCUCCGCUCCACCCUCGAUCUGUCUUUCACGGUUCUCGAAUCACACAUCUCGAAACUGCUAAAAUUUGCUUCUGUGUCCAAAUUCCUAUCGACUUCAGUCAUGGCGGUCCGCCGCUCCGCACGCCUGCGCAGUGCUAGCGCCCAGCCAUCUCCCGGGCCUGAGGCUCAAGAGUCAGUCUCUCAACCCGAUAUCAGAUACAGACUCGCGUCUGUCGAAGAACGCGAUGAGACUCCUGGCGAUGACCACUCUUCCAUCCGCACCCCGGUCACCAAGAACAGUAUCCAGAGAACUCCCACCGCAACUUCACAUCGCAAAAUGACGGAUGCCAGAACCCCUACUUCCAGCUCGGCGGUUCGUCCACCUCCCGAGGAAAUGCAUCCUAGCAAGGCACACCAGAGCACGACCAAAAGGGUCGACUCGGGAUUGAUCCUAGGCUUCAAUCCAAUUCAAAAGGAUGCCAAUGGCAAUAUUGUCAAGAAUCCCACCAUUCAAUACACCCCAUCCAAGUCGAAGGCCUCACCAGCACCCACCCAGUUCGGCACUCCGGGCUACGAGUUCAAGCGCGGCCAAGAGUCUCAGCUCAGCGACGAAGCCAAGCAAUUGAUGGACAGUGUUCGUGGUGAAGUUGCACGAAUCAAAGCGCAGAUGAUUCUUGACAAGUCGAAACAGGACCAGCAAGAUCAUGAAGCCGAGAACAUGCACGGCGACCGAAAGAUUGCAAAGCCCAAGGGCAAGGCUAGCCGCUUCAGUGACGUGCACAUGGCCGAGUUCAAGAAGAUGGACUCGAUUGCAGGACACCCUUCCUCUUUCCGCGCUGCACCAGAUCGCUUCCAGCCCGUGACAAAGUCUCUGAAGCGUACCAAAUCGAAGGCACAACUUGACGAGCCCGAGCCUCAGAACUCCUCUCCAUCACGACCUGCGGCGAAGCCAUCGACAGAAACCGUGGCUACGACCUCAACCCCUACAGCCAAGCGCGCCAAGCCCAAUCCAAACACCAACUCUUCAGUUGUCCGCCCUGAGGUCGAAGCCAAGGUUGCUACGACACAAAAACCUGCUGGUCCUCGUCCUCGGCCAAGAAUCACCAGCUCUCUCAUGACACCGACCCGGGCUUCAAUGGCGCGCUCCGGAUCUGUCAGUAUCAAGGCUCCCAAGACAUCCUUGAUCCCUUCUUUGGCGCGAUCCCCCUCCACUAAAGGCCUUGCAUCUCCUCGCACUCCGCGAACUGAAUUCAAUCCGCGAUUCAAGAGCAGCUUACCCACAUUGAGCCACCUCAAGUCCAUUCUUCGCAAGCGUCAGCCCCUGUUCUCCCGUGAUCCUUCCAAAAUUGCCGCUGGGACGCAUGUGGCUGCCCCCGACUUCAACCCUGACUCGCUCUUUGGCACACGGAAUGACACGACUGAUUCCGUACCAAGCCCAUCGCCAAAGAAGCAUGUUGAGUUCACCCCCAGCAUCAAGUCUCGUUAUGACCUGGCCCAUGCGUCGCCUUCCCGGUCCAAGAUUCCCACCACUCCCUCCCGUUCUAACCUAUCCGAUAUCGUCUACCCUACUCUCCCUACUCUCACUCCAGACCAUAAUGCUGCGGCUUCUAGCGCAGCUCAGCCUGACACCAUUCUGUCACCUACAAGUCGACACGUCCGCAAAUCUAACGCCGGCGAGAAGGAAUCUGUGUACCCUGAGCUUCCGGUUGUAGCUCAUGGUAUCGCUCACGGAAUUGGCAACAAGAAGAGACACCGAGACGAAGUUGACGACGACGAUGACCUACCGAAUGCUGAAGAUGUCGAGAAUGUUCCUCCGGCUAACUCGCUAGCGGAUGAACGCAGCACUAAGAGGCUGAAGAAGUCGAUUCCGCCCACCCCGAGCCCUAUCAAAUCUCGACCCGUCAACACCCCUGUUCGCUUGUCGUCCGCUCGUGUUGGCACUCCUUCCAGUGCAGCUGCUAGUGCGAAACAAAAGUCCCGCGGCGUCCUCAGCCUCAGCCGUUUGAACAUGCUCGCCAAGCCCAAGGGCCAAUCCUGAGCAGAUUGUUUUGGUCGGGCAGGCGCCUGGUGCGUUGAUCCAAGUAUUGAGGUGCGGUAUUCCGGAAGAAUUCCCAGCGAAUACAAGCAUUUCACCGCUCAAUUUCGAUUCUAUCCAUGUCUAUCUUCCACAUUUCACAUUUGGGUUAAUCCCUGUCACCGCCUUUCGCAGAGACAUCGAUCGACUCGAAAAUUUUCCUGUUUGUUGAGUAUCUAUGGGCUCCGUUGAUUCGGUCGAUUCUCACUCAUGUGUUUCAUUCUUAUUCUCCAGUUGAUCUGCUUUUCUCGUUUCAAGGGGGCUUCUGUGGGGAAAAUUCGGCGUCUGGGAUUCAUUCACAAUUACUGUUUCGGGAAAUGUUGGUCGGCGCGCCAUCACGACGUUACUGCAGUGGGAGUUCUUCUUAUUGUCGGAAUAUUUUAGCCGUUUGAAUGUUCUGUUUGGUGUGUUGGUUUGACAGCCCAUAGGAACUUGAACUUCUCCUGUAUGAAAUGAAUAAUGCAUUGGCUUACGGCCACACUUAUCUCUUUUUUA